GUUUAGUUACCGAGUGAUAGCCAAAAGGGGCACGAGCACAAGAAUUUUGGACCAGUCGGUGUCAGCGUGCGUUGUGAUGUGAUGUGAGGCAGCAGAGCGAUGCUCUAAGAUCUACUACAGCAAACGAAAUAUAAAGAAACGUAACUAAAUGUAAUCUAGCAACUACACAAAGUAUAGAAAGUGCAGUGACGCGAGUCCGAAAAAUAAAAGCGCGCAAGCAAAGAAAAAAGUAAUAAUAGUAAUAAAAGAAGGUGUAAUAUAGAGUGAGGUGCAAAGUGAAUAAACUGCACAGAGCCACAGAAGCCGUGAGCCGCAGCAUGUGAAGUCGUCGGACGCAGCAGCGGAGAAACGAGCAUACAAAAGAAACGAUAUUUAUGCUCUGAAUAUUGGGAGAGCUUACAAAAUUUACGUGGCAGAUGAAAUACAACGAAAUUCAAUUGGUUUUGAUUUUGCAAUAAAAAGCAAAAAAACAAAUAUAAAUAAAUAUAUAUACAUAUACAGUUGAUUCUGAUACGGCGCGGCUUCAAGGCUAAAUUGAUUGAGUAGAGGAUAUCGACAGAGCGCGAGCACAUCAUAAAUCCAUACAGAAAAUGCUGAAGCUGCACAAGUCCAGGUGCGAGCACCUGUUAAUAACCAUCAGCCUGCUAAUCUAUGCCGGGAACCAGCUGAAUGUCGUCAGCGCAACGACACAGAUGGACUGGCGGCCCAUACCGCAGCUCUGUGAUCCCAUACAAUGUCCGGCUGAUGCGGACAUGGAGUGCCCGGAGGACAGCGCCAUACGGGAGAUGCGCGAGAUAAGUGCCGUGAAUCUGUUGAGCUCGAAUGCGGUCGGCGGCGGCCUCGGUGGGGCAAUGGAGACAACGGAGCGCAGUGUCUACAACAGCAGCCAGGUGCCGGACGAGCUGUUCGCCCUCUGCUGUCUGUCCAAGAAGUGCAUGUGCAAGACGUGCUACAACAUACCCGGCUGCAACACGGACGAGGGCGAGGUUGUGGUCGAGCUGCAGCCGGAGGACAUGAAUACGCCGGGCCAGUGCUGUGGCAAGUACGAAUGCAAGCCGGAGCCGAACUGUUCGGACGUGCGAAACACGAACUAUUACUGGCUGCAGAGCUGCCAGCGCUGUCUGUGCAACUCCGGGGCGCGGAUUUGCCAGCAGAGCUGUGACGAGGGCAAGAAUGCCAUCUGCGAGUCAAAGAACCUGAACAUGUACUUCAAGGACGGCGACAGCUGGAAGGACGGCUGCUAUCAGUGCGAGUGCGUAAAGGGCGAACAGAAGUGCGUGAUACCGCUCUGCGCCCACGUCAAUUGCCCCAGCGAGCGUCAGGUGAUGAUCAAGGACCACUGCUGUCCCGUCUGCUGGCCCAAGGGCGCGCCCAUGCCCCACGAGAAGCCCAGCAACUAUGACGACGGCUAUGGCUAUGAGCGCGAGGAGCCAGCCCAGCCAGAAACAGAUGCCGAUGUCGAAACUGACGAUGAUGCUGAAGCUGAAGCUGAAACAGAAACUGAAUUGCCUGUGGUGCCGCUGGCAGAUGAGAUUAUCGUCAGCAGCAGCACCACAACCACCAGCAGCACCACCAGCCGUCCCAGCGUCACACCAAACGCUGAACUAAUCGACUUUCCCCGGGUGGACGCCUCAGCUCCGCCCUGCCAGCCGGCCGACUUUCCCAAAGUUGUGGAGGUCGUGCAUCGGGAUAGUUUGCCCAACAAUGUCAAGCACGUUGCGAUUGUGGUGCUCACCCUCGUAUCAUUGUGCGAGUACUUGUACAUAAGGCGUCUGCUGGCCAAACAGCGUUCCUACAGGCCCGUCUCCAACUUUGAUGACAAGGUCUAGAAACCGAAAGAG